AGAGCCAGAAGAAGAUAUUGAAGAAGAAGUUGAAGUUCCCAUCAUUGGCAAUUAUGAAGCAUUAGCAGCACUUGAAAAAAUAAUUAUGUAUGUUGAACAAAAAGCUGAAAAAAUUCAAUUUCAAAAAGACCAAAUUCGGGCAAUAAAAAAAUUGCGAAAGGCUAUAGAACGAGAAGAAUUUUGUUCCAAGCAACAAGUUACCUUAGACUCUUUUGUAGGAAUGGAUUUGACAGGUGAGAAAAACGAAUAG